AUGGGGCGCGGGGGCGAGCGCCCGCCGCCAGCUGCCAUGGCCGAGCUCGCCGAGGAGGACGAGCUGCCGGUACCCGAAUCGGGUGCUGUUUUCACAUUUGGAAAAAGCAAAUUUGCAGAAGAUGUUCCUAGCAAGUUCUGGUUCAAAAAUGACAAGCCUGUACUUAUAUCAUGUGGAGAUGAACAUACUGCUAUUGUCACAGGCAAUGGUAAGCUAUACAUGUUCGGCAGCAACAACUGGGGCCAAUUAGGACUAGGAUCAAAGACUACUGUCAGCAAACCAACGUGCGUUAAAGCUUUAAAACCAGAAAAAACAAAACUUGCUGUUUGUGGAAGGAACCACACUUUAGUUUACACAGAAAAAGGAAAUGUGUAUGCUGCUGGAGGUAACAGCGAAGGUCAGUUGGGAUUAGGUGACACAGAGGAAAGGACCACGUUUCACUUAAUUAGUUUUUUCACCAACCAGCACAAGAUCAAACAGCUAGCAGCUGGAUCAUACACCUCAGCAGCAGUAACUGAGGAUGGGCAGCUUUAUGUAUGGGGUGACAAUUCAGAAGGUCAGCUUGGCUUGGCUGAUGAAGCCUGUGUCCGUGUCCCUUGCCAAGUGGAUGUUGGAAAACCUGUUUCCUCUGUAUCCUGUGGAUAUUAUCACUCUGCCUUAAUAACAGGAGAUGGUGAGCUCUAUACUUUUGGAGAACCUGAGAAUGGGAAACUGGGAUUAUUGCCUGAGCAGCUGAAGAACAAUAGAGUUCCACAACCUGUACUGGGAAUUAUGGAAAAGGUCAAUAAGGUUGCUUGUGGUGGAGAACACACAGUGGUGCUGACAGAGACAGAUGUCUAUACUUUUGGACUUGGACAACAUGGGCAGCUGGGACACGGUACUUUUAUUUUUGAAACUCCAGUACCAAAGUCUGUGAAACACUUGAGGAGGCAUAAAAUAUGUAACAUCACAUGUGGAGAAAGCCAUACUGCUGUAAUAGCAGAGAACGGCCUCAUGUUUACUUUUGGAGAUGGGCGACAUGGCAAGUUGGGCCUUGGAGAAGAGCAUUUUGCAAAUCAGUUUGAUCCCACUCUCUGUUAUAAUUUCUUGAGGUUCACAGUCCUUUUGGUUGCUUGUGGUGGUUGUCACAUGCUAGUUUUUGCUGCUCCAAGACCUAAAGGAUCUGAAGAAGUACUUUUAGAAGAUUUAUAUGAGAGACAUUUGACUGCUACUAUCUCUAAAAUGAGUGGAGAGUCGCUACUGACAAACACCUUGCAGCUAACAUCGGCACGAAUGCGACGUCGAGAGAGGGAAAGGUCACCAGAACAGUUUACUCGAAUGGCACAAACACUGCCUCCACUAGGAGAAAGGCUCUUGAAGACUUCGCUGCCUGUGACUAGCAACACCAGCCCAUUCCUUUUUUCUGCAACUGGUCUUCCUAAAGCUGAACCCACGAAGGACAGAAACCAUGAAAAAGAAAAGAAUCACCACAAAGAUAAACCUGGCAGAGGCUCUGCAGAAGAAGAUUCAGAUAAUGAAAAUAAUGAUAGAUACCUUGGAGAUACAACUGACAUCCUAAAUAUGACACAUGCAAUGAAAUUGAAUCCCAGGGACCAGUCCUUAGAAUUAUCACCCCUCCAAAAACAAAAGAAGAACAAUAAAAAUGUGAAACUGAAAAGAGAUGGUAAGGGUGGGCUGAAAACCAAGGAUUCUGGUUUCUUGAAGGAGGGCUCAAAAUUAGACUCCAUCUCUUUACAAAAGCAGCCCCUGUUAUCAGAGUCACUGGGACAAGAUUUAGAAAACAGUAGUGCCUUUGUAGGGAAACCUGAGGCCAAAAAAACCACAAUGAAAGGGACAUCUGAGCAUGCGCCAAGUGUUAAUAGUUUGACAAAUGGUGUUCAACAAAAUACUAGGGACAAGCACAGAUUAGUGAAAAGGGGAAAAGAACAUGUAGAAAAUGCUGAAUUUGUCAGAGAGGAUUCAACUUAUAAUUCUCCCACUGAAAAACAAAUGGUGACUAAAAAGCCAAAUUCUUCCAGUAAAAAGUCAAAAGCAGUUAAAUCUAAGCAAUCCCUUCAAAUAAAUGUACUCCCUUCUGAAUCCAGGGCUCAGCCCCAGACUGAUUCAUUAGUUGUACAAAAACUCAAUCCUGUUAGAAAGCAAGAACAACAAAAAGCAGUAGAAAGUCAAAAUGAAAAAAAGGAUGUUGUUGAAAAGUCUGAUAAAUGUGUCAGAGGAGAAGAAAGAGAAGAGCAGAAAGGAUUAAAAAAGAAGGAUCAAGUUUUGAAGCAGAUAGCUGUGACUAUGUCAUCAUCUUCAACUGAGGAAAGUAGCAGUGAUCUUGCAAGACACAUACUUAAGAGUAUGGUAAAAGAAGAGGACUACUAUGAAGGCAGACAGGUCCACAAGGCAAUGAAAACUGUAGAAAAAGUGAAAGGUGUGGACUCAGAAAAAGAAGACAGUGAGAUCGAGGAGAUUCCAGCUACAAACAAUGAAACAGUAUACGUAGAAAAGACUGAUGUAACAAGCUUGAAUGAGGAAGAAACAAACUCUGAAGCUAAAUCUGAUAAUAAUGGGCACUUGGAAAUGAAGAAUGAAGAGGAAUCUAAUCAAGAGCAGGAGAGUGAAAGCAGUGAAAAGAGUCAAAAAGAAAAAGCAGAUGAAACAGUUGACAGUGAAUGUGAACUAGAGGAGGAGGAAGAAGAGAGUGAGGUUAAAAAUUACAGAGAUGAAGUUUCAGUAGAAAGAGAUGAAGAGGAAGAGGAAAAAGAUAAUGAGGAAGAUAAUGAAAGAGAGGAAUCACAGGCUGAAAGAGACAGUGAGAAUGAGGGUACAGAAGAAACUGAGAAGAUUAAUCAGGAAGAUGGUAAAGAGCAAGGAGAUGAGGAAGGUAGGUUGACAGAGGAAGAAAAGGAGCAUAUGGAGGAAGAGGAGGAGAAUGCAAAGGAGGAAUACACCGAGAAAGAAAAGGAACAAGUUAAAAGUGAAGGAGGAGAUGAGAGUGAGGAAGGUGAAGAUGGAGUGGGAGGGGAAGAAAAUGAGGAGGAAGAAGGAAAAGAGGGGGAGGCAGAAGAGGAAGGAGAAGAUGAAAAGGAAAAUGAAGAAAGCAAAGUAAGGGAUAAUAAAAAAGAUAAAGGGGGUGAAGAGGAGGAGUUAGAAGAGUUAUUGGCAGGGAAAGAAGAAGAACAGAUAUCUGAAGAAGAACAGGAAGAGCAAAAUGGAAAUAGGAAGACUAAGGAAGUGGGGAAGAGUGGAGUGAAAGAAGGAAAAAAGGGGGAAGAUGGUGUGGAAGAGGAAAGAGAAGAAGAGGAUGAGGAGGCAGAGGAAGGAUCAGAGGCAGAAGCAGAAGGGGAAGAAGAGGGAGAAGAAGAAGAAGGAGAAGAAGAGGAAGAGGGAGGAGAUGAAGAAGAGGAAGAGGAAGGUGGAGAAGAAGAGGAAGAGGGGGGAGAAGAAGGAGAAGAGGAAGAGGGGGGAGAAGAAGGAGAAGAGGGAGAGGGGGGAGAAGAAGGAGAAGAGGGAGAGGAGGAACAAGAAGGGGAAGAGGGAGAGGGGGAAGAAGGGGAAGAGGUAGAGGGGGAAGAAGAAGAAGAGGAGGAAGGGGAUGAAAGGGAUAUGGGAGAAGAGGAAGAAGGGGAUGCAGGACAAGAGGAAGAAGGGGAUGUGGAAGAAGACGAGGAAGAGGAUGAAAGAGAGGAGGAAGAAGGAGGGGAAGAGGAAGAGGGAGCAGAAGAGGAAGAAGGAGGGGAGGAGGAAGAGAAGGAAGAAGGAGAGGAGGAAGAGGAGGAACAAGGAGGGGAGGAGGAAGAGGAGGAACAAGGAGGGGAAGAUGGGGAUGUGGGAGAGGAAGAAGGAGAGGAAGAGGAAAAAGCAAAAGAUAAAAUAAAAAGCUAUAGAAAAAUGCUUCAACAAAAUAAAAGCAAAACCAGGAAGCCAGAGAAGACAGAAAGUCCUGCUUUACCGAACAGCUCUAAACAAAAAAUGAAGUCCAAACAGCGUGUAGCAAAUGGUUUACAUAAUUCAGAACAAUUUUGGAACAAUGUGCUACCUCAUUAUUUAACACUCAAGUAGCAUAGACUACUG